AUGGAGCAACCUCCGCCAUGCAAUGAAUAUGAUACAACCAAGUCACCGGAAACCACCGGAGAAAAUUGCCCCGAACCCAUCGUCCGACAAGGUGGCACGAGGCACCCAGUGUACCGGGGUGUUCGAAAACGACGGUGGGGCAAAUGGGUGUCCGAAAUCCGGGAACCCCGAAAGAAGACUCGCAUAUGGCUAGGUUCUUUUCCGGCGCCGGAGAUGGCUGCCCGAGCAUAUGACGUCGCCGCAUAUUGCCUCAAAGGACAUAAAGCGCAGCUUAAUUUUCCGAACGAGGUGGAGCUCUUACCCCGGCCUCUCACUAGUGCGGCUAGAGACAUUCAGGCGGCUGCAGCACUGGCGGCAAAGGCGGUGGUGGCGGCGGAGAAGAAGAGCGAUGCACCGUACGGUGACAGUGUUGAUGAUUUCUGGGGUGAAAUUGAGUUGCCGGAGCUGGUGGUUGGUGGGACAGAAUUCUUGUCUGAGAGCGUUAGUGAUUAUUUGCCUGAUAUCGUGGUGUCGGAAUUCUUGAGGCGGGACGUUCUCGGGUGAUGCCACGUCGAUUGAUGGAUAGACUUUCAAUCAUAUGCCCUUGGUUUGUGCGGGAAUUGUUUGACGAGCAAUAGGAUGCAUAUAAGUAAAGUGUCUGUGCCAGCCAGGCUUAGGUUUGAGGCAAUAUUGGCGCGCAUUUGGAUGAGAAAGAGAUUGUAGGAAGCAAAGAAAAGAAAAUUGGGUUAAUUGACAUGUUUUGAGCAAGCACAAAACAGUGAGAUUGAGGCCUAACAGCUGAAGUUGUCACUAGAGCAGCAAAAGCAGUCUACUAGCUAGGCCUACAUUACAUAAUAGUGGUGUUUAAUUGUAUGUUGUCCCAACACUAGCUUGUACUAGUCCUUUUUUGCUAAUGAUAAUAAUUUUCAAUUUUUAGUGUC